AUGAUCCAAGAGUUGUUGGGGGGUGCAGCUGAUGACCGGAAGGUCUGCGUCUCUCGGGGCCUUCUCGGCCCCGCCGUCGAUCCUCCCUUGCCGAACCCGUCAUCGUCGUCCGCCGCAUCCUCCUCCACCACCAACUCGGAGCAGCAGAACCUCAGGUGCCCGCGGUGCGACUCCACCAACACUAAGUUCUGCUACUACAACAACUACAACCUCACCCAGCCCCGACACUUCUGCAAGACAUGCCGCCGUUACUGGACCCAGGGCGGGGCCCUUCGCAACGUGCCCAUCGGCGGCGGCUGUCGUAAGACAAAGUCCAGCGGCAUCACUGUCGGCGCCGGCAAGUCCGCCGGCGGCGGUGCAACCAAGGCCAAGCCACUGGCUGGGUUCAAUGUCGGCGUCGGCAGCUCCACCGGGUUCAACCACGAGCUCCACUCCAACACAAUUCUAUGGGCGGAGCCGCUAAACUCUCAACUCCUUGCUCUAUUGAGAGCCACCACCCAGAGCUCAGGCGUCAGCAACAGUAAUUCCAACAACAUCCCAAUUCCUAACACGAAUCCCACUCGUGCCACCAGCAUCAGCCCUUUUAGGAUCAAGGAGGAUUGGCCUGCCGUCGCAUCGAAUCUGGUGCCGGAUGCCUCCUUGCUGAUCAAUGCAUUAAACUCUAGGAGCCUUGGAAUAGAUCCCCUUGGGCUAUGCAGUUCCCUCUGGAAACUCCAGCAGCAGCAGCAGGAACCGCAGCAAGAACAAAACAACGGUCUUUUGUUAAGUGAAGCGCCCACCUCGGGAAUACAUGAGCUCCUGCAGAAGCUGAGAUCUCAAGGCAAUUACUGGACGGAUCACCACGGGAUGGCCUCAGGAAAUGUGGGGUCUUCUUCUUCCCAUGCUCACUUCCCCCUCUCCUUUCCGCCUGCGACUGCAGCGACUGCUAUCAGCAGCAGUUUGGAGCCAAAUCCGGUCGCAGGGGGCGAAUGUGGUUUAUGGAAUGCUCCUUUCAUCUGGGCUGAUAUGCCCAAUGGUGCGUUCCCCUGA